AUGCUUCGGCUUCUCCUCAUUUCCACGUCACUCUUGACGGUCGCCUCGGCCGCCGGAGGAUGUGAGGACGCCGAUCCGAAGUGCUCCGAAUGGGCGGCCACCGGCGAAUGCUCGACGAACGCCGUGUGGAUGAUGGCCAACUGCCGGAAGUCGUGCCAUUCGUGCCAAGGAGGAGACAGAGCCUGGAAGCUGAGAACACACAUUCAGACGACUUAUCAGAACGCGACGGACAACAAGACGCGUGUGGUCCGUGUGGAAAGUGUCCGAAUCAAUAAUGUGGAGAUUGAUGAGAGAAGACAGAAUGUGAAAGUGUUCGGUCGUUUCGUUCUCAGCUGGAACGACACUAUGGUCUCCUGGGACAAAGAACAGUGGGGGCUCAGCUGGCUCAACUUCUACUGGAUCCAGAUCUGGACUCCGAACAUUGUUCAGAUCAACGGAGGAUCCACUUCCAACCCGGGACAGGUUACUUCAAAGGUUCUCGCCGCCAAUUACACCGGACAGAUCUAUCUGUGGUCCGAUUUCUCGUUCACCACUCCAUUCAGAUUCCAGUAUGAAGACUAUCCAAAUGAUGUGCAGAGGGUGAGAAAUGACAAUCAUAUGUCAUAAUCCAGCCUUUUAUUAUAGGUUUGCUACAAAUUCGACGACAAACGACUUCUGGCGGUUCACUUCACCGUCGCAGAAGGCGUCAAGAAUAAGGAAAGAGAGGCGACGACGGAUCCGUUCGUGUCUGGAUGGAAGAUCGAAGAUGUCGACGUUGUUGUGAGUUCCUCUCUGAUCCGAAUUUCUUUCUUUGCCCGGUUUCUUUCUGAAUCACUUUAUUAUCUAGUCUAUCUCUCACUCGCCGGAUAACGGUGGCACGGGACCCAACGGAUUGGCAAGUUUAAUGCGUGAUGCUUCUGCUUCUGCAUAGACACUCUUAGAUUGUUUCAUUUGCUUUAAGCCCUUGCUUUUCGUCAUUAGAAAGACUUUUGAGAUAACUGACCUGUUCCCUUUUCAGGAAUCCCCGUACACCAUCGAACAGCUCUCCGAUCCUCGCCGCAAUCCGUUCGAUGUUCAGGCUGAUAAUGGAGAGCUCUGCGUUUCUUUGAGAAGGUUUGCACUUGCUCUCAUUUCGUUCUUAUCUGCUCUUUCUCAGAAACGCAGUCUAUUUCACAUCUGAGAUGCUUCUUCCGGCCCUCAUCACUUCCCUUUUCACCCUUGCCGCCGUCUUCUUCCAACUCUCCAAGACCCAACCGAUCCUCCUCGGAUUCUCCGUUGUCUCCCAGAUUCUCUCGCUGAUCCUCGUUUCCCAACGUCUUCCAUCAUUCACUGCUCACACGCCAACCAUCCGUAAGUCAUUUUAUUCGCAUUCUUCUGGAAACUUGUCUCACUUUCAGUCAAGUACGCUGGAUUCAACAUGUUCUGGACGGGCAUCCUCUUCAUUCUCUCGCUGGUUCUCGAACGGAUGGCAACUGCCCAAGUGGACAUCCCGCCGCCCCAUUGGGUUUCUCAGUUUGCCGGACUCGUCAAUACCGUGCUGCCGAUCCCGAAGAACUCGAAGCACGAGGACUCCUCGCUCCACUACGCCGCCUUCGCUCACGCUCUCAACCACGUCAUCUUCGCUUUAUCCGCAGUUCUCUAUUUUGUCGUUAUCCUGUUCUCAUUCGUUUUCUGA